AUUGACGUUCGCCCAGUUCUGCUCGAUCCUCAGCAAAGGUGCGAGUGUCCAGUUCAAGUUUUCCUGAUUUUCUGCAAAUUUUCACCCCACUGAGCAUGUCUGCCACGAUGCUGAGACUUGUCCGGAGCGAGGGUCUGCACGCCAUUCGGCGUUCGUACGCGAGCAGCGCGCCGACGACGAAAAUGUUCAUCGACGGGAAGUUUGUGGAGUCGAAGACAAAGGACUGGAUUGACUUGCAAGAUCCGGCGACUAAUGAAGUCGUGACACGUGUGCCAAAGUGCACGCAGGCGGAAAUGGAGUCGGCCGUUGAGUCGGCGAGGAACGCCUUCAAGACCUGGAGCCAGACGUCGAUCCUCACGCGCCAGCAGAUCAUGUUCCGCCUGCAGCACCUCAUCAAGGAUAACAUGGGCGAGUUGGCGAAGAACAUCACGAAGGAGCAGGGCAAGACGCUGGUCGAUGCGGAAGGCGAUGUGCUGAGAGGAUUGCAGGUCGUGGAGCAUUGCUGCAGCAUUCCGUCCCUGCAGCUCGGCGAGACUCUGCCCAAUGUGGCCAAGGACAUGGACACUUACUCCUACACUCUUCCGCUGGGCGUCACGGCUGGCAUCACUCCGUUCAACUUCCCCGCCAUGAUUCCGCUGUGGAUGUUCCCCGUCGCCAUCACGUGCGGCAAUACGAGCGUCAUCAAGCCUUCGGAGCGCGAUCCUGGCGCCACGAUGAUGCUCAUGGAGAUGCUGAACGAGGCCGGAUGUCCGCCAGGCGUGGUGAAUGUCAUCCACGGGGCGCACGAUGCCGUGAACUUCAUCUGUGAUCACCCAGAUAUCAAGGCCGUGUCCUUCGUGGGCUCGGAUCAGGCGGGAAAAUACAUCUACGAGCGCGCCGGUCGCAAUGGCAAGCGCGUGCAGUCGAACAUGGGCGCCAAGAAUCAUGGAGUGAUCAUGGCGGAUGCCAACAAGGAGAAUACGCUGAAUCAGCUGGCAGGAGCGGCUUUCGGCGCUGCCGGACAGCGCUGCAUGGCUCUGUCCACGGCCAUCUUCGUGGGCGAGGCGAACAAGUGGAUCCCAGACCUCGUGGAACGCGCCAAGAAGCUAAAGGUGAAUGCUGGACACGUACCUGGUACGGAUCUGGGCCCUGUCAUCUCGCCUCAGUCCAAGGAGCGCAUCCACAGCCUGAUCCAGUCGGGCAUUGACGAGGGCGCAAAGUGCGUGCUUGACGGCAGAGGCAUCAAAGUGCCGAACUUCGAGAAGGGCAACUUUGUAGGGCCCACAAUUCUCACGGAGGUAAAGGCCAACAUGAAGUGCUAUACUGAGGAGAUCUUCGGCCCGGUGCUCGUCUGUCUUUCCGCCGAGACCAUCGAUGAUGCCAUCGAGAUGAUCAACUCGAAUCCCUACGGAAACGGAACCGCGAUCUUCACCACAAACGGCGCCACGGCACGGAAGUUCGUGAAUCAGAUUGACGUGGGUCAGGUGGGCGUCAAUGUGCCCAUCCCCGUCCCACUACCCAUGUUCUCGUUCACCGGCACGCGCGGCAGUUUCCUGGGCGAUCAGCACUUCUACGGCAAGCAGGGCGUGAAGUUCUACACGCAGACGAAGACGGUGACGCAAUUGUGGCGCGAAACUGAUGUCUCUCACACCAAAGCGGCCGUCGCGAUGCCGACGAUGAAGUAGAAGAUGAAUUGGCCCCAAGAGAAUUUGCAUGUCUUCCAGCGAAUGUGAGAAUUGAUUCCUCGGCAGAUUUAGUUAAGGAAAUUGUUGCAUUUACUUAAAACUUUAAGUACACACACACACUUUAUUGAUAUUGAAAAAUGUGCCUUUUGUGCUAAGGAUUUUACACGUGAAGUCAUUUUGCCUCCUCGUUGACUCCAAUCCUGGAGAUUAAGCGGAGGAGGAGGUGAAUUUGCGGGAAUUGGAGAGCGAAUAAAGUGAAAAGAGAGAUAUAA